AUGUACAAGAGAUUGCUAUUUGGUAUGGAGUCUCGAUGCAUAAGGCCUGCGAUCAUCAGCGGUUCUUUGGCAUACUAUGCGCAGAAGUAUAUCCUAGGACUCAGUAGGCACAGCAACAUGGGAACAGUGCCCCUGGCUGGUACUCUUUCUGAUGUAGAAGAGAAGAACUUACUUGAGGAGAUCGAUAGACUAUUGCCAGUUCAAAAGGGUUUGGUACCUAUGAAAUUUCCGCUUGGCGUGCUUAGCUAG